GAUAAAUCCUAGUCUUAUAUAUAGGGAGGAGGAGUAAUAAGAUUAUAUAGUGGAGUAGGAUAUAUAGUGGAGGAGAUCAGGUUUUCCGUUAUUUCCAAACCGCUAUACGCCACCGCCGCCGUCCCAAUAUGAGGGGUGAUUGUGAUGUCUCUAUGCUUAUUAGCAAGGAUUUGUUGGUCCUAAGCGAUGAUAAACAAACUCAAACUCAAACUCAAACUCAAGCUGAAGCUGAAGCUGAAACGUGUGUGGGUGUUGGGGAGUUGAAUGACAUAACCACUCAAAACGAUUUGAGUGAAGAGGAAAGUAUUGAGGUGAAUGUGGAGGGAGAGGGAGAGGGAGGUGCUAUAACCACUCAAAAUGACAUUGAUUGGAACCAUGAGUUCCCUCCACUUGUUACUCCAAAUACUAUCAAAGUUCUCGAUCCAAGCCCUUCAACUUGGGUGGAUGCACUCAAAAAACCAUGUUGUCCCAAGAAUAAAUUCCACAUAUCCACCAAGGUAAAUGGACAAAAAUCUAAUGUCAAUGGAGAGCAAUAUUGUGAUUCUGAUACACAGCUCAAAGCGAAAUCUAUUGCACCCUCGGUUUUCAGUACUGAUGAGCAUGAGCUUGCCUCCAGCUUCUUUUCAAUCAACAUUCCAAAUUUUCAUGACAAAUUUCUCAAGGAACAAAUCAGUCUUGCAGAUUUACGGAAUGAACAGAAUGGUCAUGAACAUGGAAAUGAGUUGAAGUACGAAGAAAUAGAUUCUCAUCUGUCUAUGAUUGUGGACCGCCAAGGCCAAGAGGCCAUUGAACAAGAGAUGUUUCCGGAGGAGUAUUUGAAGACUCCAAACGAAACCCUCAAAGCUAGUGGCUUCAAAGUUGAGAGUGUUGCAGUAGUAACACCAAAGCACAGUAAUGGUGAUUUGAAAGAUGUUAGUAAUGACAAGGUAGAAGAAAUGGAGAGAAAAGAGCAGAAAGUUGAAAUGGGGGAAGAAGAAAAAAGAGAGAAGAAGAGGCAGAAAAGAUUAAGAUUGAGGGAAAGAAAGAGGGCUGCUGCAACAGUUGCAAGGGAUGGUUUUUCACUCAACAUUGCUAAUCAAGAGUUCAACAAUGAUGAAAUGAAGAAGAUUGAAACAGCCGAGAACCAGAGUGAACCUUCUUCUUCAAUCAUGCUUGGGGGAGAUCAAGAUGAAAUAGAAACACCUGAGUACCAAAGCGAACCUCCUUCUUCACUCAACAUGCAGCAACAAAUUGCCAUGCUCAAGCUCAAAGAAGCGUCAAAGAUAGAAAAGAGAAGGAACAAGAAGAAGGCAAAGGCAAAGGCAAAGGCAAAGGCAAAGACAACAACUCCGAGAGACAAGAAGAUGAAGUGGAUUUUCAUCACCCUAAUAACUUUUAUAACUCUUAUGUUAUGUCGCAGAAAUAUUCUUUACUAGAUUUGGUAUAUAUAUACUGUUGGUUAGUGUUACUAGUUAGU